AUGUUGCGACGAGGCAGGUUAUUUUUGGCCACGGCGGCGUCCAACAAGCCUGAAACGACAAAUUCUCCUGUGAUUGCUCCUGGUGUAGUGCGGUCCCUCUACCGCAUGCUGCUGCGGGAAGUUGUAAGGCUAGACAAGUCCGCGGUAUCGAAAACGCUCUUUCCGCUCACAAAGGAGCUGCAGAGCAUCACAAAGAGCCAUGGACCACUGUAUGUCCCAAAUGGUGUGAAGUACUUGGCUGUCCUUCGUGAAGUGUUCCGCGAUGUAAACUCACCGGCGAACAUAAAUUUGGCCUUUGAUACCCUAACGCGUAUUCGAGCGCACAAUGAAAAGGUCACAGCCAGGGUUUCCUUGUUUAUGAAGGACCACGUUCCUCUACUCACUACGAUGCAAGCAUCGCAGCCCAAGACAGGCGCGUACCGUGCAGAAACUGCCGCAUGCAUCGUGCAAAAUGGUCCCAAGUAUGCACCUUUAGGAGGAUCUGUCUUUUCUGUCCCCACGAAGGUGGUACUGCGGCAAACGCGCACGGUUGACCUUGCUGAGGGUGUUGCCCUGGUCGCACACCCUCUUUCCUCCACGCACGUGGAUCGUCGAGUGCUGUUGAUCACAGAACGCAAUCCCCAUGUAACCACCGCAGUUGUUUUAGACAUGCUGUUUACUUACCCGUUAUCUCGAGGAAAUCCUAUGUUUCCUGAGGUGUUUUGGGGCCACGAAGUGCACGAUGGUGGAUUUUCGCAAAUUGGUUUUACUAUGCCGCCCACCGCGCAGGUCAUCAUUUUGCACACGACCGAGCCUCCGACAGAGCCCGAAUCCCCACAAUAUCUUGCUUGGCUCAAAUGGAAGGAACGCAAACCCAAAACUCAAGCAGGUGAUACGCCUUCUGAGCAUCACUCUCUCCUUUGUAAGCCUUUAAUUCGUGGUGGGGUUUUGGAGGAUGGCACCGUGGAACCCACGCUUUAUCUGUCCAAGGUGGAAUCUUUACCGUACCUGGCCCAGCUUGUGCCAGGGAAGCCGCGAUCUUCCCUUCGGGUUUACUGGGGAAGCAUGCGGUGGCCGACGCAGCAGUUGGAGGCUGAAGUAGCCAAUGGGCAUUGGAUUCCCGUGAAACUUUCUCCUUCAUUUUUCGGUCCCUUUCCGCUGGUGCCGGAGUCAGGAAAGGUUGUCGAGAGGUUUCCAACAAAAGAAGAAAUGGAGGAGGCACGAACGAUGCGUGAACGACGGUAUGGCGUGGAUGUGUCACUGCCGCAAGCCUUUCCACCGGAUCAAAUCCUGCGGCGUCGCGAAUGUCUAUGGGAUCAAAUAAUGUAUUGUCUUGGGGGGGAGUUUAGUGCCCUGGUGGGUUGUGUGAACCCAUUUUCGGGAACAGCGCGAGGAGUGUUGCCAUUGGAAGUCGCGGGGCCUUCAGUCAUGAGUGGGGCUUUACCCGCCGAGGACGCAGAGACCCUCGUCCACGAGGAGGAUGACAUGGAGGAGGGAGAGGAGGAAGUGGAAGAAGAUGAGGAACACGAUGUGGGCGAAGAGAUUCAUGAUAUUGGGCUAAGUGGCAUGGCGAAGGAAGAAACGACAACGUUAAGGGGAAGGGAAGGAGGUGAUGCGUCUUCAUCCAUGCCGGAAAAGCCGCCAGAGUGCGGGAGUGGGGACGACAAGAAAAAGAAAUAA